CCGUCUGACGCUGGGGGAGAACAUCGCGGACAUGGGAGGACUCAAACUGUCGUACUUUGCGUAUCAGAAGUGGGUGAGGGAACACGGACCUGAGAGGCCGCUCCCGGGGCUCAAAUACACACACGAACAGCUGGUCUUCAUUGCCUUUGCACAGAACUGGUGUAUGAAGAGAAGAUCUCAGUCCAUCUACCUGCAGCUGCUGACGGACAAACAUGCGCCGGAGCACUACAGGGUGAUUGGCAGCGUGUCCCAGUUUGAUGAGUUCGCUCGUGUCUUCCACUGUCCGAAGAGCUCUCCGAUGAACCCCGCGGACAAAUGCUCCGUGUGGUGACCUCGACCCCGACCCGCCUCGGGAUGAA